GGCUCGCUGCUUCUCUCCAUCACAUUUCACUUUUCACAACUGAAUGGCAAACAAAGACGCCAGGAUGUAGAAUCCGUCAGGUUUGCAAAUUGCCCAUCAGAGCGGUUUUUUUUUAUUCUCGUGGUCCCACUGAGUAGUUAAAUUGUGCGUUCCGCGGGAAUUUGUUGAUUGAUCCAUCGCGGAGGAGAGGUGCUGCUCGCCGUCUCUGCUCGCCGAAUGGAUCCGGGCUUCUUUCGUUUUACUCGGUGUUCAGUCAAACUCUCAUGUUUCGGUUUGAAGAGUUGGGAUUUUGUUCCCUCCAUCUUCUUUUCGUUCAGUUUGAAGACAGUCAAAUCUGAAGGUGAGGAAGGCUACUUCCAACAUUCUGUUUCACAAUGGCAACAGGAGUAGCAGCCUGGCUCCCUUUUGCCAGGGCGGCAGCCAUUGGCUGGAUGCCUGUGGCCAACUGCCCCAUGCCCAUUGCCCCGAGAGACAACCGCAAGAAACAAGAUGAGCUGAUCAUGCUUAAUGUUAGUGGCCGCCGCUUUCAGACAUGGAGAACAACUCUAGACCGCUACCCAGAUACCCUGCUGGGAAGCUCUGAGAAGGACUUCUUUUACAACGAAGAAACCAAGGAGUACUUCUUUGACCGGGACCCUGAUGCCUUCAGAAGCAUCCUGAACUUCUACCGAACUGGGAAACUCCAUUAUCCCAGACAGGAGUGUAUCUCAGCCUACGAUGAGGAGCUAACUUUCUUCGGCAUCAUACCUGAGAUUAUUGGUGACUGCUGCUAUGAAGAGUACAAGGAUAGAAAGAGGGAGAACUUGGAGCGAAUGCAGGAUGACCAGGAGGAAAACAAGGACCUGAAGCAGCCAAACAUGAACUUCAGAGAGACCAUGUGGCGUGCCUUUGAGAACCCCCACACCUCCACAAUGGCCCUGGUCUUCUACUAUGUUACUGGCUUUUUCAUCGCCAUCUCAGUCAUCACUAAUGUGGUGGAGACAGUCCCCUGUGGUUCUACUGCCAACCAGAAAGACAUGCCUUGCGGUGAACGCUACACUGUGGCGUUCUUCUGCAUAGACACCGCCUGCGUCAUGAUAUUUACAGUGGAGUACCUGUUGCGCUUGUUUGCUGCACCGAGUCGAUACCGUUUCAUGCGCUCUGUGAUGAGCAUCAUCGAUGUGGUGGCCAUCUUGCCAUACUACAUCGGCCUAGUCAUGACCAACAACGAGGACGUGAGUGGUGCGUUUGUGACACUGCGCGUCUUCCGAGUGUUUCGUAUCUUCAAGUUCUCGCGCCAUUCGCAGGGCCUGCGGAUCUUGGGUUAUACGCUCAAGAGUUGUGCUUCAGAGCUGGGCUUCCUCCUCUUCUCACUCACCAUGGCCAUCAUCAUCUUUGCUACGGUCAUGUUCUACGCAGAGAAGGGCUCCAGCUCCAGCAAGUUCACCAGCAUCCCAGCCUCAUUCUGGUACACAAUUGUCACCAUGACAACAUUAGGGUACGGAGACAUGGUACCAAAGACGAUUGCUGGAAAGAUCUUUGGCUCCAUAUGCUCCUUGAGUGGUGUGCUGGUGAUCGCUCUGCCCGUCCCUGUUAUCGUCUCCAACUUCAGCCGCAUCUACCACCAGAACCAGAGAGCUGAUAAACGCCGUGCUCAGAAGAAAGCCAGGCUGGCCAGGAUAAGAAUAGCCAAGUCUGGCAGCGCUAACGCCUUCCUCCAGAGCAAACGCAACGGACUACUCAGCGAACUGCUGGAGCUGACGGGUACAGAGGAGGAUGAACAGAAGCUGACAAAGUCUGCCUCUCUGUUAGAGAGCCAACACCACCACCUACUGCACUGCCUGGAGAAAACCACUGCUCAUGAGUUUGUGGAUGAGCAGAUGUUUGAGCAGAAUUGCUUAGAAACAGCACUGCAGACCUAUCCAUCACGCAGCCCCUCUACAGCCAGCCAUGACAGCCUUGAAGUUACCUGCUGUGGCCGGAGGGGAAAGAGGAACACUCCUCUGCCCAACGCCAGCCUGCCACCUGCGCAUCCCAUCCCAGCACACCAGGGCCCGCUGCAGGAACUCAGUGCCAUCCACAUACAGUGUGGUGACCCACUGUCACACACCACCAGCCGUUCGAACCUCAACCUGAGAACUGAAGACAGCAGCAGGAUCAACAGCAAAAGUGGCCGCAUCACCACAGCGAUCAUCAGUCUCCCAACACCUCCUGCUUUAACCCCCGACGGUGAAGGUCUCCACGGGCAGCUGCAGCGUAGGCCCCCACCACCUCCAGGUCAUCCAGCAGCCCCAAGCAUCCAGACCACAAAGAGCUCCGCUGGCACCAACAUCGUCAAAGUUUCAGCUCUGUGACACUCAUGCAGGUGGAUCUAAGUCAGCUCAGCAGAAGGAAAGGAAGAAAGAGGAAGAUGGGGAGGAGGGAGCAGGUACCAAAACAUUAAUAGACGCACUGUGUCCCCUUUCACAGGGUCAAUGCCAAGACAGCUGUACUCCAGAAUUAUGGAGGUAUAACCAGAGGACUCUUAGAUUUAUUAAACUGAGAAUCAACACUUGUCAUGCUGUGUUUGUACUGUAGAUAAGGAGAGAUUUGUUGCAUUUCUAAUAGUUUCUAACAGCAGUGCAGAUGUUUUACAGCACACACUGUGGAAGAACAACAAAAGAAAUUGUGCAGUAAGAUAAAAAUUGCCACAGUCUGACAACACAUCGGAAGUUGACAGUAAAUUCAAUGUGAAUUCACAGUAAAAAAGAUAUUUGUGAAAUUUAAAUAUCGAAGAAAGAUAAAGACAUUAAUUGUGUUUACUGGAAUUUGUUUGGUCUUGUUUGUGUUAUGUGUUGUCUUAAGUAUUUUGAGGAACAAAUAUGAAGUUAAAAAUAAAAAAUAAUUUUCUUUAUGGCAUCAUUUGAAAAGUUACAUUAUCCAAAGUUGCUGAUAUCAUUGCUGAAAUGUGUGUUUAAUGAGUUGGAGCCAGAAAAGAGUGAUCCUGUCAAACCAAAAUGUGUUUUAGUUGCCUCAUUGUGGUUCCCAACCAGAUUAUGAAAAAGUAGAAAAAAAACCUGCGGUGACCACAACAUUACAUGGAGGAGGGGGUGUAAUAUUUUGAUAAAAGCAUGAAGUUGAAUUUAUUUUGUAUGCUUUUUAUUGUGCAUCAUGUACAACAGCUAAGAAGAUCAGUGCUAAUCAUGCUUUUCACUUGCCUUCCUGUGGUGCUUUGACUCUAUCCCAUUUAUGUUUAUGUGGAGCUGUUUUUAUCAAACAUCCCUCACAUUUUUGUUGUGUUAUUUUGUGGAGCAGUUUUGACAAAGUAAUACAUAUUUAAAGGGGAAAUGUAAUAUUGUUAGUCAUGAUUCACGGUUUAUGCUUUUGUUUCAUGUGUUUGGUUUUUGUUAUAUUCAUGGUUUAUGUUCUUAGUUUCUUGUGUUUGGGGUUAUGUUAGUCUGUGUUUUAGCUUUGUUUCCUGCUCAUUAGUUCACCUGGUAUGAUUUGUUCAUUCACCUCACCUGUGCCUCGUUAAUCCUUCAGUGUAUUUAGACCAUAGGUUUCAGCAUCACCCUUGCCAGUCCAUUGUUUGUUACCUCUGUUGCUGUUAGAUGUGUUCAUGUCACGUUUAGUUCAUAG